CCUCUUGGCCACACGCUUAGUCUCAACAAGUCUUUACAUUUUUAUCGCAUGCUUUUCUAUUAAACGGCUAUGCGAUGUGCUCAGCAUCUUCGAUUGCUUCAUCAUCUUAAUGUGUCUGACUGCCUUGGUCUACGGAAGUUUAGACGUCAUAUUCCCCUCGUUAUUCGAUUCGACACUUUCCUCGUACACGAAUACCAGAUUCCGGUGUGAUGUUAUUCUGUGUCUCGGAUUCACAAUUGCGUCGACGACACUGAGUAGAGCGGCUUCGAAUGAGACUCUGCAUGAAAGUUUAUACUGGGAGAGGGAUAUGGCUUUGAGUGAGAUGCGGCGUAUUCAGUCAACCUUGUCCGCGGUGGUUAGCACAUUUCACAUGGGCAUGUGCAUCUGGCAGCCGCUAUAACCAAGCUUUCUUGCAUGUCAAGUGCUGCAUUAUGAUGGUUAACAAUACAUUGGUUGGCAUUGUUUAUUUGCGAUGAGCUAGAUAUUUACAAGAAACAAGGACGAUUUCUCCAUGACCAUAAUCACGUUCAUAUCGACUGCAUAGAGCUGGUUAUUAAUAUCAUUAUAUUGCUAUUUGAGG